UUAAAAAUAUAUUUGCUUAGUGAAUAAAGAAAAAGCUGAAAUAAACCAUGUUUGAGAAACAAAUAUUCCUUAUCUGAUGGUUUGGUUUCUCAGAGACCCACCCAGAAGGAACUUGAAAUAAAAAAAUAAGAUGAUGUGCAUUGUUUUCUGGACUUCCCUAAGCUGUGUGAGAUGGGAAAGGUAACACAGCCCACUAGGGCUACAGCCACAUAAUACAGGUUUUUGUGCAAGUCAUACAGUCUCACUGUCUGGAAGUUCUCUAUCACCCAACCUUUUAAUUUGCAGGUGCAAAUCCUGAAAUUAAGGACCAAGAUGAGAUUAUUUUUAUUUUUUAAAAGUGAGAUCAUUUUCUGUUUUCUUUGUUUUCCUUCUAAAUAAGGACUACCAGACAAUUGCUUCAGUACUACUGAAACACAUCAUGAGAUCACAGACAUCAUUCUAAAGGUGAGCAACUGAGGAUGGUUAGAGGAGCAUGACAGUGACUGGAAACUAGAGCUCACACUGGGAACUGUUUAUGACAAAGAUCCAGCAUGUGUGCAUAGCAUCUCUAGUUGAAGGAAGAAUGAAAUAAAAAUCUUACCAGUUACAACCACAGUGUUGAAAUCUGAAUCCAUGAAAUCUAUGCUCCUGAAGCCGCCAUCCCCGCCUUCCGACGGCCGUUUUUCCUGUCAUCCGAGCCCCAGCUCCCACCCCCGCGGGACGAGGCCGCCCCACAACGCGGGGCGUUCGGACCCCGCCUCGGAGGAAGUGAUGGAGGCCGAGGGAGGAGGAAGAGCGGCCGCUGAAUUUGAAGAAAGGGUUGUCCUCUUUGUUCUGAACUACAUUAUUUUUGGAACGCUGGAAGGGAGUUCGGCUGAUGAUGCAUUCCUUCUACCUCAUUCUGCCACCGAGUGUGCCAAGAUACUGUGGAGAAAUGGCAAGGCCAUUGCCUAUUUCUUGAUCAAGAUGAAAGAGAGCCCAUGUGAUAGGACAACCAGUCAAUGUUACUUGCUGCCAGCUUUGGAUACUAUAUUUGUCGGGAGAAAGUACGGAAGAGGUGGCCUAGGGAUGAAAAUGUUGCAUGAUUUCUGUCAGUCUUUCAUGGCUGAGGAUGCCUUGGGGAUCAACUGCCCUAUUUCUGCUGCCGUGUAUCAAGGAGGACUUCUGAAAUCCGUGAGUCACGUAGUCCUUGAGAAGACUGGUGCCAUUCCACACCACACCAGUGCCAUUCCUCACCACAGCAGUGCCAUUCCACACCACUCUGAAGGGCGAAGUCUGCAGUGGAACAAGACCUGGCGCCAGUCACCAUCCCUGCGGGGCCGCGUAGUUGUUGGCAUCCAGCCAGUACCCUCUCAUGAGGAAGAAUCGAUUUGCAAGUUAUUGAAUAAACCCUUGGGCUCUAUGAUGGAGAGGUGACCACCCGUGAAAACAACUGACAUGAAAAGACUGCAAGGUGAGCGGUCACUUAAUAAACAGGAAGAAGCAGGGUACGAGCAGAGAGUGGCUGCGAGUGGAUUUUCAACACUACUGUGGGACAGGCAGCCCCCGUUCAGCAGGUCCGGUCUGGGCAUCUGGCUGAUCCACGGGCAGAACACGGCUUUUCCAUUUCCCGACUCGGGGUGUCAAACCAACACAACUCUGUGCUGUGCCAUGUGCCCUUACUGAAACAUGUGUGCCCUUCCAGUCUGAAUAUAGAACAACAUGGAUUAGGACUUGGACUACAAAAGCCUUGGCUGAGAGUCACAAAGACUUGACAUACCUGCGGACUUGGAGGGAGCUGAGGAGGAUUACGAGGCUGUGUGAGAGUCUAAGGAAGGAGUGCAGAUUUGGAGCCCGAGCUAUUAUUUCCGGUGACUUGAGGCCCUCCGGGGGCAGCAGUGAAAUGGAAAAGAGCACGGCAGCCUGCUCUUGGAACUGAUGCUCACUGAAUCUGAAAGGUCAUGUCAUGUUUUCUGGCAAUUGACUCAAUGGGUUUGGAUUCUACAACAUAAGGUCGGGCCGUUUUCACUCAGCACAUGUUUACUGGGGAAUGUGCCUUCCAGUUGUUUUCACAUUGACCUUAUUACCCUGCCACACUGAUGAGCCUGGCACAAAAACUACUUUUUGUAUUGCUGUGUGCACCACGCUCCCUCUCCUGCCCUCCCAACGUCAUUACUUUGGGCUGCAGAUGGAGGAUUUGGUGUGUGUAUCUCCCCCACUCCAAACUCGCUGCUUUCUGUGCCCCCGUUACAACACAGAUGCGCGAGAGCCCUGUGACUGCACACAUUGGAAAGACAUGAGGGUGCAAUGGGACCGACUGAUGUUUGUUCCCAGGUUUUGCCAUAGGAAAGCUGGGGAGGAGAGGAGGCACAGGCUCUGAACACUAAACUCGAGCAGGAUGGUUUGCAGCGCUGGGUGGAAAAUCCCUUCUCUGUGCUCCUGCACUAGAUGUGGCCCUGACGUGGAUAGAUGCUGGGAGGGCAGGGAUCACACCCUGGGGCUGGGACGGGCUCCAUGUUGGGCAACGUUGAAAGAGAUGGAGGCAGCAGUUCCCUCUCCUCACAGUAAAUCUGCUCCUUCAGUGCAAAAUAUACUGGCCAAGCUUUACAGGGAUAAAUAAAAUACUGCUGCUAUUUCUGCAGGCGCAUUGGCAGCUCUCUCCUUGCAGCCACAGAAGUUCUUGUGCUGAGAACACAAUAUGCGUCUCUGCCACCUUUUCAAGCUUAAAAAAGCAUUUUGGGCUUCUGUCAAUUUUAGGAGUUAUAAAUUAAAGGCGAGGAGUUUAUUAUUAUUGGAAUGCUUCCAUGUUUUAAACAAUUUGAGAUGAAAAGGAGCUAGGACAUUUGCAAAAAGUCAUUGAUAGAGACAAGAAAAUAAACCUACAAGUGCUCGCUUCUACAAAUAUAUUACCUAACCUUGUCCUGCCACCCGUUUGUCAACCUUGGCUACCCCAGCAAGAAAAAAAUGUUGCACUGCUUCGUCAUUGUUUGAAUAUUGCUCUUUCAAUAAGGUCAGAGCAGACUUGCAGCAAAUCCACUAGUCAGAGGGCGAGCCCCACCGUGAUGUUACACGGGAGUGUCAGGACCUCGGGAGAUGAGAGUUUUGAUUCUGGCUUGGACUUUGCUCUCUGAGCUUGGCACUGGCAGAUUAUUUUUGGAGACAACUUCACAGUCUGCUGAACAGGAGCACUGUGCAAGACCCGGGGAUCAGUUCUUACCUCAGUACCGACAAGUUCUGAAGCGGCUCAGGUGCAGAAGCUGCAGACAGGACUCCGGGCAUGUUUCUGUCAAUAAAAUGAGAGCCUGUCUUGGAGACUUCAAGGAGUGCCUGUUACAUUCACCGGGGUGAGGGCAUUGUCAGUGGUGUUUGCCACUGACCAGUUUGAUUUAAAAAGAAAAAAUCCCAUAGCAGUCCGUUAUUGUCUGCCACCAGGAUAGCUUUCGUCUGUGAGUUGCGCUUUAGGAGGAAACUUGUUGGAGAACUGUGAAGGAGACUUUCUUGAUGCUGUGGGGAACAUGCCAUGAUUGGAUUCCUAACACAGGCUGCACAUUUAACUACUCUGGACCCACUGGCUUAGAUUUUGCCGAAAAUCAGAUGUGAACAGGAUUAAUGGUUCCAGUUGCUCACGCUACCUGGCCACCACACCGGGUGCAACUUGCCCUUAAAUGAGACUGAGGUGCACAAUAGUUGUAGCUAUCCCCUCCACAUCUGUCUGAAGAGACUGAAACAUUCCUCUAAUUAUGAAGAGGAUCCUGUGAAGAGAAUUCGGGGUUUCAAUGAAGAAAGCGCCUCAGGCUUUGUUGUUCAGCUCUCACAGCGGCACAGCACAGCGGUAUUCUUCUUACUGCUUGCAUUGGAGGACAUUGUGUCAAAGAAUGAAGCCACCUUUGCACAUGCAAUCACAAGCUCCAUUGAGUUGCAAUGUAUGACAUGAUAUUUAAGAAAACGAUUAAGAGUUAUGCGUGAAAGACAGGAUCCUUCUUAUUUCCUAGAGGCCCU